AGAUGACAGAAUGAGUCAUAAUUGAAAAAACCGUGUUUUCCAAUUCGUCAGAGGAGAGCCAGCAAGAAUUGUUUUUGUAUUCUUUUCGGGUGUGUCUAUAUUGUCGUAAUAGUAUAUCUGGUUUUAAAUAACAAACCUUGAUAGUUUCUGUAAAUUGAAUUAUCAGAUUAAACAGUGAUUUUGUGCUGUGCCAAAUAGUUAUUAUCAUGUCGCUGUAUCCAUCUUUGGAGGAUAUGAAAGUGGACAACAUGGCACGGGCUCAGCUGAGUCAGCAGCAAAUGCCACCGUCGUAUGGUGCUCCCUCUCAUGUGGCGGCGCUCCCCAGCGCUCCGGCCCUUGGGCAUGUUUACCCAUCUCUAGGAGACUAUAUGGGGUUGGAAUUAUCUGCUGAUGUUAUUGCUUUGAAUAUGCCAGAGUACCAAGUACAAACUGUGCAUCCUGGAACAUUGAGCCAACCAUCUGGUGGCAUCAACAAUAUAAUUGCUCCACUGUCUUCACAGUCAUCCACUCUGCAAAAAGCAAUAGUUACCCAAGCUAUAAGACAAGUGGUGUUAUGCAAAGAUAAGGAUGGAAAAUGUGGUUUGAGGUUGCAUUCAGUUAGCAGUGGAGUGUUUGUGUGCUAUGUUGCUGCCGGCAGCCCAGCAGCUCUGGCGGGUUUGAGGUUUGGGGAUCAGAUACUGGAGAUCAACAAUGUGUCUGUUGCUGGCAUGUCCAUGGAUCAAUGUCAUGGACUGUUGAAGAAGGCCCCAGCUAAUGGAAUCUAUCUGGCUGUGAGAGACAGACCUUUUGAGAGGACAGUUACUUUACACAAAGAUUCCCUAGGACAUGUUGGUUUUCAUUUCAAGGAAGGCAAAAUUGUUGGUCUUGUAAAGGACUCAUCUGCUGCCCGGAAUGGCCUAUUGACUGACCAUCAGAUUCUAGAAAUAAACACUAUAAAUGUAGUGGGGAUGAAAGAUAAGGAGAUAUCUAAAGUUAUUGACAACAGUCCAACAGUUGUAAACAUCACUAUUAUUCCAUCCUACAUAUAUCAACACAUGAUAAGCAAGAUGUCAUCUACAUUAUUCAAGGAGCUGGACCGCACCCCUGCAGCCUAAUUAAAGGAAUCUUCAAUCUACCAAGGCACUGAAUCACAAUAUGAGAAAUGUUAUAAUUUCACUUAAAUGCUAGCGCCCCAGAAACAUUGUCAUUUUAUAUAAAAAGAGAAGAAUGUUUUAUGAUGAAGUAUUUGUUAAAAAAUAUAAUGCAUGCACAGAAAGAUAGUAUAGUUAAUGUCACGUAAUUAGUACUAUAAUGUCAUUGUGUUCUUGUAUGCUAGUAUGUAAUAUAAUUUCAUAGUACAUUUUCCUUUUAUCUGUAUUAUGGUCCUAUAGUUCUUUAUUACCAUUUUUAUUUGCAGCAAUUAGAAAUUACCACGGGAUUGUUGUCUUUACUAAUCCGUUCACAAGUGACCUGUGCUUGACAUAGUUUAUCUUUCUUUUUUACGCUUCUGGCGUCUUUAAUUUCAGUGCCGUUUUUAUGUGUCUUUAAGUGUCACAAAAAUAAUACGGCUCGUACUAAUUGAUUUUAAAUGCAUUUAAAUGAUUUCAGAGGUAGGUCAAAAUUUAAACUACAAAUCUGCUUGCUAGUACACACUGUGGUUAGGAUAUUGUGAGUAAAAACUUGUGAAUAGCUCUGAUUAGUCAGUAGGGGCUGUGAUUUGAAUGAUAAAAGUUCGCCAAUUUAUUUUGUGAUUUUUUUACCAAAAAUUUGCCAUAAUUUACUUGAUACCAUUUGUUAUCGGAGCGGCGCGCGGCGUUUUGUUUGGAUAUCGAGUGUUAACAUUUUCAAGUUUUUUGAGACACAAUAAUGAAAAAAGGUAUAUUGGUAUAUGUAUACCUAUAUUAGUAAAAAAAAUGCAUUUUAUUUUAAUACAAUCUUAAGUUUUACAUCUAGAUUCCCUUUAUUUUAUAUUUACAUAAUUCCUAUAAUUAAUAAUGUAACAAGUAAUUCAGUCAGUUUUCCAAAUUAAGUACAUAAGAAAAUAUGACGUUUCAAUUUGAAUAUAUAUUUUUUAUUAUUGAAUGUUGCCAUUGAUGAUUAUAAUUAAUAAUUUGUAGAUUUUUUUAUUAUUAUUCUACUAUGUUUAUGCUCAUCAAUUAAUUUAUUACUAGCAUAUAGUUAUAUGUAGUAAUAUAUUCAUUGAUGACAUUGACCAAUGAAAAUAAGGCAUUGGAUGGAAGUAUACGUAGAUAUGUUUGUAUUAUUUUAAGUUCUGCAUUUUAAAGAGAUAUCACAUUUUGAACUGAUUUUUUUAGUCGAUUAGAAAUUUUACAGAUCAUUUAGUGUUAUUUGUAUUCAAAUUUAUAUUAAAAAUAAAUUUAUUAUCCUUUAA